CCCUCUCCCGGGACGCAGCCGGUUCAGCUCACUCAUCCGGGCGAUCGCCACCCAAAGCGGGUGGGGAGCCGUGCACAGCGGCUUGCGGGCAACAAUUUGCACCCUUCCCGCGAGCAGAUCUUAUUUUCAGUGUUUCUCUGCGUGUUUUUUUGCAGCCUGGCAGCGCCAUGCAGCCGGCAGCCGUUGGCUUUCCCCCGGACGAGGAGCCGCUGGUGGAGGAGCCCUCGGGGAGCAGAUACAGCCGGCAAAAGCCGAGUGACCGCUUACAUGGGGCCUACGUUAUUUUCUUCCUCUUGGGCAUCGGGUCCUUGCUGCCCUGGAAUUUUUUCAUCACGGCGAAGCACUACUGGAUGUACAAGCUGCAAAACUGCUCGGAUGGGGCCGGCCCGGUGGGGCAGGCGGCAUCGGAUCUGCGCGACUUUUUUGAGAGUUACAUCUCCAUUGCUUCGACGGUGCCCUCGGUGCUGUGCCUGAUUGGAAACUUCUUGCUCGUCAACAAGGUGCCUGCCAGCGUCCGGAUCCUCUCCUCCCUCUUCGUCAUGCUGGCCGUCUUCCUGGUGAUCACGGUGCUGGUGAAGGUGGACACCUCCGCCUGGACCACCCGCUUCUUCGCCCUCACCAUGGGCUGCGUGGUCGUAGUCAGCGGCGCCUCCACCGUCUUCACCAGCAGCAUCUUCGGCCUGAGCAGCUGCUUCCCUAUGAGGAACCUGCAGGCGCUGAUCUCGGGUCAGGCCAUGGGCGGCACGAUCAGCGCCGUCGCCUCCGUCAUAGACCUGGCAGCGGCGGCCGACGUUACGGACAGCGCGCUGGCCUACUUCCUCACCGCCGACAUCUUCAUCGUCAUCUGCAUCAUGGUGUACCUCCUCCUGCCCAGGCUGCAGUACUCCAGGUAUUACAUGAGCAGCCAGAUAGAGAGCCCAUCUCUGGCCACCGUGCCGCCCGACAGCUCCAUGGAGGAUGAGGCAGAGCCAGGAGGCACCACAAAUACCUCCUUCCUCGCAAAACGCAACAGCAUCCCCCCGCUCCGCCCCAUCCUGCAGAAGACAGCCCUCCUUGGCUUCUGCCUCUUCUACGUUUUCUUCAUCUCCAUCAUCAUCUUCCCUUCUCUCUCUUCCAACAUCGAGUCGGUCAGCAAGUCCUCGGGAAGCCCGUGGAGCACCAAGUACUUUGCGCCCCUCACCAGUUUCCUCCUGUACAACUUUGCCGACUGGUGUGGGAGGCAGAUCACCGCCUGGAUCCAGGUGCCCGGCCCCAAGAGCAAGCUGCUGCCCACCCUCGUCCUCCUCAGGACCGUCUUCCUCCCUCUCUUCAUCCUCAGCAACUACCAGCCCCGGGCUCACAUCCGGACUGUGGUCUUUGACCGAGACAUCUACCCGGUGGUCUUCACAGCGCUGUUGGGGUUGAGCAACGGCUACCUGGGGACGCUGGUCAUUGUCUACGGCCCCAAGAUCGUGCCGAAAGAGCUGGCCGAGGCGGCGGGGGUGGUGAUGACGUUCUACCUCAUGCUGGGGCUGGCCGUGGGGUCUGGCUGCUCCGUUCUCAUUGUCCACCUCCUGUAGAGGAACAGCCGGAGGGGGGUGCCCUCGCUUUGCGGUGCUGCUCUUGGGUAUUUAGAGGUUUUUUCCCCCCCCAAAAAAAGACAGGUACGCCAUGGUUUUGGGGCAGGCUGCCUGUCUUGGGAGGGGGGGUUGCAUCCAGGGGGGUAGUCCUCCUUCUGGGAAGGGGUGUCCCCUGUGCUUGGGAGGUCCUGUCGGACCUCUGUCUCUCCCCGGCCUAAAUGGAGCAAAUGGACCAAAAAAACCCUCGUUCUCCCCAGAGAAGCGCCGGGGGCACAGGGAAACCUGUCCCUCACCCCAGUGCCUGCGGGUGAGGGUGGCUCACUGUUGCCACCAUACUGGUUUUAAACUGAAACCGGGGGCUUUUGAAGGCCCUGUGGGUUUUGGUGCCUCCCAGUUCAGCCCUGCAGCGUCUCAGUGGUCUCGGGGGCUCCCCCUUCAUCACGCUGUGACCAUGGCCUGAAGCUCGAGGGAAUUCCAGCCCUGAAACAGCUUUCAGCAAGCGUUGGGAGCUGGGAGCAGCCGUGCUGGGGAGCAGGGCACUGUUGCGGGGGGGAUUUCAUCCACUCAUCCCAUGGAAAAGCGUAUCUAAGGGAAACCUCUCCACUUGGACUCCUGCUUGCUUUAAUUUUUCCAGAUAAGAGGGAAUGAGGGACUGCCCAGCCCCCAGCACGGUGCCGGGGCUGUACGUCGUGGCCAACCUGACACCAUGUCUCCUGCCGUCACCGCGGUGGGACGGUUGUGGACACCAGCUUACCUGUCUGCAGCUGAGCCCAAGGAAAGUGAAACGCUGAGUGGCCCUAGCCUGAGGUUUUUAAGGUGCCUUGGUUCUGCAUUGGGAAAGGUCUGUAAAAGGCAGGGAGAGCUAUUAGGGAGGCUCUGAGGCAAGUGCCGCCUGGAUUAAAUACACUUACUGUGUUUAUUUACUCAAACUGCGUGGAUUUAUGGUCGAGGGGAGGUGACCUGGUCAGCCAGGAUGUGAUGGCAGAAGUUGGCGUCGUGGCUGAUGCCACAGGGAUGCUAUGUGGGAAAAUACUUCCUUUAAGACCAGGCCGUUAGCGGAUACUCUCUCUCGGCAUCUCCUGCUUGACCCAGAAGCUGCUGGUCUGGGCUGCCAGCCCAUCUCCUGGGUUGCCAGCCCUUCUCCUCGGCGUGUUGGGUGGCCAGAGGGAGGGUGCAGGGCUGGUGCCGUGUCCCCCGUGGCUUUGCUGGGAGAACAGCGGCAUCGAGAGUGUUUAUUGCCACAGGGUGACAUGUGGGCUGGCUGGGUGGGUUUUUUAAUUUAUAUAAAUCCUUCCCAGUGUUUAGUUUGGGCUCGUUGGCAAUACACACACUGUUUUGCUUUACGGCUGAUUUUUAUUUAAACAUAAAAUCCAGGCACGAGUGAGAAAAUUUACAGGGUGUGUGGUACCGAGGAGCAGCUUUAUGGCCCUUAGUCGUGUGGCUUCGGCAGGUUUGCAGCCCUUCAGCCCCCCAGGCUCUGCUGGGGGCCACUUUGGGCCAGCGGUGACCCAGGUUGAGGUCUGCCAUGGCUUGAAGGGCAGCCCAAGGGCUGAGGGGAGCGAUGCCUCCCAGCCUAGCCGGGUGCUGCUCAGGAGAGUAAGCGCUCCCAUCACCUCCCAUGGCACUGGAGCACUGCCUGGGGUAAGGCAAUAGUCGCUCAGGGCUCAAAAACCCAAGCCAGCGCCGUAUCGGCAACCAAAACAUCCCUUUGUGGGCUUCAGUGCUUCCCACUUGAGAGCCUGCCCGCGUGGUCUGCUCUCCUGGACUCCUCCAUUUCCCCCGGUAUGAUGAGAUUCUGCUGGUUCGCUGGCUGCUCCGUCACGUUACAGACCAAAUACCUCUUGAGACAGAGCUUAAUUACCCGGCACCGUUGCUAAUAAAGUCAAUUCUUGAUA